UGAAUCUUCAUUGUUCACCUUGUCACUCUUUCCAUUCAUAGAAUGAGUUUGCCUGACUCGUUACGCAUGUUUUUGCAUGGGUCAGCCAACCGUUCACAAGUACCUACAUCCACUUCCGACGCCAGUCAUCGAUCGCACAACCGGUCUCGCCUAACUUCUGGAUCGUCCUUCAGUCACGACGAUCUGCCGUCACUUGAUCAACGCACCCUGAAAACCCUCCAAAAACUUAUUCACCGAUUUCUUCCCACCAAUGCUGACCAAAGCCGAUAUUCGCAGCAACAAGAUCAAGCUCACAUUCAGCAGCUGGUUGAUAAAUAUGCCCACAUUCUAGCAAACCAGAAUAUUCCUUCCGUCGUUGAAGAUGAAAAUAACGUAGCCAAUCUCAUUCGACGAAAAUUAUUACGUGAUUCAAAACAGUCGUCAAAAUCAUUACGUUUUGGCCAUUUAUACAACAAGCUGGCUUCCCAGCAAGUACUGCAGAACAAAUGGUCAAUUCUGUAUUUGUUAUUAUCGCUUAGCGAUUCACCCUCUGCAGAUCUAACCUUCGCAUGUCCUUCGGUACGUACUGCUGAAACCGCUGGGCUUGCCACAGUUCAACAGGUAUCACCACGUAAUAUCCGACGAAGGCUCGCUUCCGAAUCCGAUGAUCCGUUCCACUACCCAGCUCAAUCUGUCAGUGACGAUCGUUCCUUGCCCGCGGCUGCACAACUGGCACGCGCGAGAUACCAGCGCGCAGUGGACCCAGACACAUCAGCCAUCCAUAUUCCCGAAACCACAUUAUUGAGAGAUUUGAUCUUUAUCUUCCAAGGCAUUGAUGGCCGAUACAUUCGUUACGACCCCUUGAUUAAAGAGUACUCUAUGGACAGCAGAAUAUCGGUUUCCCAAUCCACCAAGGAUCUUGUCUAUCGAUUGACCGAAUUAGGCUGGCUUUACCGCCAAGUGCAUUCUUUUGUCAAACUUCGUUUCAACGACCCUGAAGUGGGUCUCGUGGGCCAGUCAUUUGCAUCGACCUUGCAACAUGAACUGACGGAGUAUUAUAAACUCAUCGCUAUCUUGGAAGCACAGAUCGAAAAGCAAACAUCCGCUGGCGGAGAUGAAAUCACGUUGCUGACAGAGCAGAGUUUGAGUCUCAAACGGUUGCUCUUAUGGACACAAGAAAGUUUACAAAAGUUGCAACUGAUGAGUGUCUUGGUGGAUGCAUGUCAAGGUCAAAAAGGUGGUGCUCUCGUAUCUAUUAUGCACAAUUAUACAAAUCACGGCGAUCCGUUUUAUCAUGAAUACAUUAGCAAUAUGCUGCAGGAAGUAUCGCGUCCGUUCUACGAGAUGCUGCAGCGAUGGAUCUAUGAAGGCGAGCUGGACGACCCUUACGAAGAAUUUUUUGUAGCCUGCGAUCCUACAGUGUCCGAAGAAGAAUUAUGGCAAAAUAAGUACUCCAUACGAGAGAAUAUGCUUCCCACAUUUAUUUCCAAAGAAUUGGCACAAAAGAUUUUCUCCAUAGGGAAAUCUCUCAAUUUUAUCCGCUACAGCUGUCAUGAUGAUACCCUCGUUGAAAAAUACUAUGCACCUACCUCUUCUCACACAUCUAUUCAUACUUUCCAGUACGGCGAUAUCCAAGCUGUCGAGCAAGCAAUUGAUGUGACCUAUCUCGACACUAGCAAACAAUUGCUUGCACUACUGAAAACCAAGUAUAAACUAAUGGAUCAUCUGCGAGCGCUAAAACGAUAUCUGCUUCUCGGUCAGGGAGAUUUCAUCCAGCAUCUCAUGGACACACUGGGCCCGGGCCUCAAUCGACCUGCUAAUACUUUGUUCCGCCAUAACUUGACGGGGGUACUUGAAACCGCAAUCCGUGCUUCCAACGCCCAAUACGAUGAUCCAGAGAUUCUUAACCGACUGGAUGUUCGAUUAUUGGAGAUCUCGCCCGACGAUAUAGGCUGGGACGUAUUUACUUUGGAUUAUCACGUUGACUCACCUAUCAACACGGUCUUCAGUCCACAAGCUAUGAACCAGUACCUUCGAAUGUUCAAUUUCCUUUGGCGGUUGAAGCGCGUGGAAUACACAUUAUCAGCUUCAUGGCGUUGUUGGGGAACUGCAAGUCGUAGUUUUGCUGGGAUUCCGGAACUGGCGCAAGACUUACAUCAAGCGCAGCUAAUGAUUGGCCGAAUGGUUCAUUUCAUUUAUCAGCUGCAACAUUAUUAUCUGUUUGAAGUAUUGGAAUGCUCGUGGGAAAAACUGGAAACAUACAUUAAUGACAAGAGUAUCGACUUGGACUCUAUCAUUGCGGCUCAUUCAUUGUAUCUCGCCGAAAUCACUCAGAAAGGGCUACUUGAUGGAGCGAAAAACCAGGCACUUUCGAUGCGAUUGCACCGCCUCUUUGAUCUUAUCCUCAAAUACAAAUCGGAACUGGAUCUUUUACAUGUUUUUGCAUCAUCGGAACUGGCACGAAGAGAAAGCGGCGGUUAUCCUGCCUUACCAGCGGCUGAUAUGGGAAACCUGGAGAAAAUCCGGACGCGACAGCGUGAUGUGGAAUCGAAAUUCAAGACACAUAUACUUGAGUUCUUGGAGAUCUUGGCGUCAUACCAUGAUGAAGACCUACGAUCACUUUCCACUCGGUUAGAUUAUAAUGAUUACUAUUCUUCAUCCGAUUCUCGUAGGCUUGCAAAAUUUUGAGAAACAAAUGUUGAUGGAUAAAAAAUGAUGGCAUUUUUUUUUUAAAAAAAAGAAU